AUGGAAGGGAAGAAGUAUUUUAUAUGUGAUGAUUCCCCACCAAGGGGACUUCCCCCCCAUUGGGGAAGGACCCCCCCCGUGGAUGAUGCAGCUGUGGGACCUCAUAACAACGACAUGAUAAUGAAAAGCUUUUCGCACAAAAAAAUGACUAAGCUUUUUAAAAGUGAAAGUCCCAAUAAUGGGGGGGUGCCUGGUGGGGAUAAAAUGCAUUACUGCUCAUUUCGGUCCGAUCGGUUCGUAGACAGGAUCAGUGGCGACACGGCGAGCUCCGAGCACGAAGGGGGAGUGCGUGCAGAGACUUCGCUCAGCAAAAAUGGGCGUGAAAGGGGGCGUGAAAGGGGGCGUGAAAAUGGGCGCGGAACCGGAUUGGGGACGCUGGAGGAAAAGGAAAAAUACAGCGACGAGGAAGAAGUUACGAGGUGCUCCUCCCUCAAAAUGGAUCACGAAAAUGGAGCUCGCUGCCUGGACUCCACCCCCCCACAUCUGCCAUCAGAUGUCGAACGUGCACACUCCAACAUAAGAACACAAAGCUACGUUUGCUUCUACCUAGGAAUAGCGCUCACAAGCUUUAUAGCCCCUGCACUGAACAUAUUCAGUAAUGUAUUUCUACCCAUGUCGAUGGUCGGCUUCGUCAGCGUGAGACUCAUGUGCUCAUUGCUCCUGGAAAAAUUUGUCCUAAAGGAGCAGCAGUCAGUUUACUUAUACGUGGGAAUCCCCUUUUCCACCGUGGGUCUAACAUUAAUCACUGUGUACUCUGGUAGUGACAAUAUCAUCAAAGAUUUAGACUCCGUUUUGGGUUUGUUCGUAACAGGUGAAUCGAUAAUGUUGCUCAGUUGCGAGAUGUUCUUCGCCUUUGUGGUGGCACUUCUUUCUGUGGGCCACUUGGGCGAAGGUACUUCCACAGGAUGGGUUGGUGGACAGCACAGGGGGGUUCCCUCAGAAGGUGAGCUCUUUAGCUCCAAAUUCAAUGCCAGUAUGCAGAGCAAGGAUAAAGAUCCAAAUUCGAAGCGAAGGGGGGGGAAUUUUUUCUUCUUCUUCUCCCCAGUCUCAUCAGGAAUUAUGGGAUCCCUGGCGACUAUUUUCUCCAAAGCGACCUUAAUCGGACUUGUGUCCGUGCUGCUAAGCGAGCAAUUGACCUUACGUCAUUUUUUUCUCAAUUACAAAGUAGCUCUCCUCAUUAUACUGACAAUCAUUUGCUCCUUUGCUGAAAUUACAUACACGCCUUUUUUGUUAAAGUAUUACAAUCUCACGCAUGUAGUGUCCUUGAAGAGCUUCGGAAAUAUAUCCUUCAAUGCGGUCAACGGGAUGGCCAUUUUCGACGAAAGACCCUCGUGUGUUUACGCCUGGACCUUCGGCUUCCUCCUCAUCCUCGUGGGAAUUAUAUUCCUUUCAUACAAAAACGUCAUCCCCACAGCGUUACGUCUCUUCAACCAGCAGUGUCGCCACAAGACAUGA